CAAGCAUUGACAAACCUACCACUGCUAUAACCAUGACAACCAGAACGCCAUAAGUUCUCAUUGUCAAAUCUAAGAAUUGUUCAAGUAGUGCUUUGUGGAUAUUUCAUUGCUGUAAGGAAGAAAGUGAUUGGAUAAAUUGAGGAUUAUGUUAGAUAUCUGGUCACUCGCUCGACAGCAACGUUUAGAGGAAUGCCGAAAACGAGUUGCACAACAACAACAGCAGGAUACGAUCACUCCUUAUAACAGUCUUAUAAUCGGGAGCGAUUUGCAAGCGAGCGAUACUCGUCUAAUUAUUUGUGGAAGCAAAAAUUGUGGAAAGACAUCGAUGAUUCUACGAUUCUUGAAUCGAAAUGAGGAUGCAAGAUCAACCAUUGCAUUGGAGUACAUGUAUGGACGACGGAAUCGUGGUAAGGUGAAAGAUGUUGGACACAUAUGGGAACUUGGUGGCGGAACAAAUCUUAGCAAUCUUCUACAAAUACCGCUUUCCAGCAAUUACAUACAGCAGUGCUCUUUAAUGAUUGUCAUCGACUUAACAGCACCUUUCGAUAUGUGGAAUACAUUUUACACCUUAUUAGACAAUGCUCGUAUAAUUGUUGAUAAUGCGAUGAAACAAUACCUCAAGAGAUCACCCGAUAGUUAUGAAGCAUUUAUGAUUUAUAGGAAUGCAGUCUUUAAGGAGCAUAAAGAUGCGGAAUAUCUUGAUCCCUUUCCGAUACCACUAAUUCUACUUGGUGCGAAAUACGAUAAAUUUCAGGAUUUCGAGCCUGAACAACGAAAAAAUAUAUGCAAAUUCCUUCGUUUCAUGGCUCAUAUGAACGGCGCUACUCUUGCGAUGUUCAGCAACAAAAUGGAGAAUUUGAUGACUAAAAUUCGAGUUCUUAUCAGUAGUGUUAUUUUCGGUACUACAGCUCUAAAAACGAUUUGCACUGAUCAUAACAAACCAUUAUCAGUACCUUGUGGUGCCGACUCGUUAAUGGUUCACUUGCAUCUUUUGCUUUUUUGAACUUGAAAAAGUAAAAAGUUCCUUUUUCUUUCUUUUCUGAAGAUGACUUCAAAGCCAAUAUUGAAAUAUGAGGCUUAAAAAGGAAUUGAGUCAGUGAAAAGCAUAUUCAGGAUAUUGGAGCUCCUCCUUUCAUCAAUUCAUCGCUAUCACUUAUUGGGGCAGCGAAUUCACGUGAUAUAUGGCAUGAAGCAUAUCUGGAAUUUUUCCCAACCAAAGAAAAGUACGACGAACGAGAAGAUAAUCCAGCCGAGGAUGGACAGCACAGAGAACCGGAAAUUGAUGAUCUAAUUGAACAACGCACUGGGGAACUCGAACAGUAUAUACGACAUAAAAAGGAUCGAGCUGCAUUAGAAGAAGGCAGAAUAGAACGAGUUUUGCAGCAGAAAGAAGUUCUUGGAAAUUUGUAGACGUAAUUGUUCAUGUCAAUCAGUAGUGGAUGAAUGUGAAAGUGAUACUAGAAAUGUAUCCCAAAAAGGGGAAAUUGAUAAUUUCAGCAACUAAUUUGCAGCUUUUUUGAUAUAUGCUAGCAUUUUUGCAAUCUUUUGAUCUGCGCGCAGAAAGGCAUAUUUCUUUGCAAAAAUGAAAAUCUUUUAACGAGAACAAAUAGUAAUGUACGAGAAAUGGUACCGAAAGGAAACACCGCGAAAGAAUGAAUAGAGUUAAAGAACGCAAACAUAUACAAUCAACGGGAUUUUUUUUUUUUGGUACUGUCUCUUCGAAAAGAAAAUCACGCUUAUUGCUAUAUGUUUUCACUUAUCUUUCACUCACUUUGUCAGUCGAAUUAUCCCGGAACAUGAUGACAUUAUCGGGAGUUUUAACAAGGCGAAAAUGAUAACGG